UGCGUUGAGGCUUUUUCAUCUGCUUCGAACAAAUUCUUCACACAUCCAAGCCAGAUGAAUUCAAUGGGGAAACUCGCUUUGUUUCUGCUUUUUGAUUUUAUGGUAAUGAAAGGUUGUUUAUCAUCCAAAGGUGAAGAUCGUUUGUUCAGGAGGUUGCUCCGCCGCUACAAUCAGUUUAUCAGGCCAGUAGAAAAUGUUUCAGAUCCAGUAAUAGUUGAAUUUGAAGUGUCUAUUUCACAACUGGUCAAGGUGGAUGAAGUGAACCAGAUAAUGGAAACCAAUCUCUGGUUGCGGCAUGUUUGGAAUGACUAUAAAUUAAGGUGGAGUCCAGUGGAAUAUGAUGGGAUUGAAUUAAUACGAGUUCCAUCCAAUAAGAUAUGGCGGCCUGACAUUGUGCUUUACAACAAUGCUGUUGGUGACUUUCUUGUAGAAGACAAAACAAAGGCUCUGUUAAAAUUUGAUGGCACAGUCACCUGGAUACCACCUGCUAUUUUCAAAAGCUCCUGCCCAAUGGAUAUUACUUAUUUCCCAUUUGAUUAUCAAAAUUGCUCAAUGAAAUUUGGCUCUUGGACUUAUGAUAAAGCCAAAAUUGACCUUGUCUUAAUAGGGUCAAAAGUGAAUCUGCAAGACUUUUGGGAGAGUGGAGAAUGGGAAAUCAUUGAUGCCCCUGGCUAUAAGCAUGACAUCAAAUACAACUGCUGCGAAGAAAUCUACCCAGAUAUUACCUAUUCAUUCUAUAUCCGAAGACUCCCUCUUUUCUAUACUGUUAACCUGAUAAUCCCAUGCCUUUUAAUUUCAUUUUUAACUGUUCUAGUAUUUUAUCUCCCCUCAGAUUGUGGUGAAAAAGUUACUCUGUGCAUCUCUGUCCUGCUGUCUUUAACUGUGUUUUUACUAGUUAUCACUGAAACAAUCCCUUCAACUUCUUUAGUGAUUCCCCUCAUUGGGGAAUAUCUCUUAUUUACAAUGAUAUUUGUGACUCUUUCUAUCGUUAUAACAGUCUUUGUUUUGAAUGUUCACUAUAGAACGCCCAUGACGCACACAAUGCCAGUAUGGGUAAGGUCUGUCUUCCUCAGGAUUUUGCCUAAAAUGAUGCUGAUGAGAAGACCAAUGGAAGAGCAAGUGGUCAAAUCCAGUGGCCGAAAAAGAAAAAACAGCAUAUCCCAGACAUCAUCUAUGAACUGCCUCGAAUACGGAGAAAAUAAAUUACCAAAAGAACAGAAGUGUCUUUGCCACCACUCCAAUGACCCCUCCGAACCUGAUUCCAGUAAAUUGAGCAGACAGCUGGGUCCACAGUCCAUUAAUACAGUGCUGGCUUUCUCAGUUGUCUCUCCAGAGAUCAAACAGGCCAUUGAAAGUGUGAAAUACAUUGCAGAAAACAUGAGAAGCCAGAAUAAAGCAAAAGAGGUGGAAGAUGACUGGAAGUAUGUGGCCAUGGUCAUCGACAGGAUUUUUCUCUGGGUUUUUGUAUUAGUUUGUGUUUUGGGAACGCUGGGCUUAUUUCUUCAGCCACUUGUUGGUUUUUUUUAAUUAGUAGUGUGCGUGCUUUAAAAUGCAUAUGUAUCAUGAAUUGCAACAAUUGUAGAUAUCUGUGAUUUUAAGAAAACAAACUUAGCAUUUUAAAGAAUUAAAAAUCACAAUGUAUAUUUAGUUAUAAAUUCACCUAGGAAAGCGCAUGUGUAAUUCCCUUACAUCCAUUAACAUUGUGGUACACCUGUCGGAAAGAAAUUAAUUGCACCAGUUAAAUGUUUUACAUAUAGAAAAGAGCAACACACAGACAAUAUGUACAGCAUGCAGCUAUUCAAUUAGAUAGGCUUCUGUCUAUAAUUCCCAGGCUGUUUUAUGUCAUGAUGUGAAAUUAGCAGCAUGCAUUUUAUGCUAAAUGGAAACACAUAUCAACCACUGCCCCCUCAAUUUUAGCCUUAAAUAAUUUAAGAUGCACUGGGGGGAUUUUCAAAAGUUUGUAAAUGAUAACUCCAGUGUUAAUGAACAAAUCAAUAUGUAGCAUUGAUUUAAGCAUUUUGAAGCGGUCGUUAUGCCUAUUUUAUUAUUAAAUAAUUGUGCUAAUUGAUUUGCAAAAUUAUCUUGAUUUACAAAAUAAUAUUA